AUGUUCCCCAAUAACGAAGAGCAGAAGGAAAACACGGAAAUACUAGAAAUUGACACGGAAGUUCAAAGCGAUAAGGAGAACACUUGCGACACUCCGCCUGAAAUUGUCACAAUUGGGACAUCGGAUCAGGAACCGGAGACAGCGUGGGACCAACAGGAGUCAGAUUGGAGCCAACGUAACGAUGACUCCCAGGACGGUUCCAAAGAUUGCUCCGAUUGUGAUCGUACCAACGAUGCGUCUUUAUGGCCCAAAUAUGUAUCUAAAUGGGUCGAAUUCGUUGUCAGCAGUAUGAAGGCAGAGGAAGUCGACGACAAUUCGCCGUCGAGACUGGAGUGGCUGAAACAGAAGCGAGAUGAAAAUGAAAGGAACGUAUACCUUGACCAACUCAUGACUAUGGUUGGUCUUGAAAACGUGAAAGCUCAUUUUCUUGCUGUCAAGGCCAAGUUCAAGGCCGGCAAGCAAGCCCACGCCGGACACAAGUUGCGACUUCACCUAGUUCUGCAUGGGAAAGAUGGAACAGGCAAGAAGUCCAUUGCACAACUUUACGCGCAGUUCCUUUUUUCCAUUGGGGCUGUGGCCAAUAAAACAUUUUCCAGGACGUCAGAGCUUUAUGAUCGAAAUGGCGAUGACAAUUACGAUUACGAUGAUGGCUGUUACCCGCGAAACAAACCGACAGUUAUUUUCUACGACAUUUCUGGUGUUGACUCAGAUAACUUCUGUUAUUCACGGGUUGCUAGCAACGCCAUUGAAAAUAUGGAAGAGUCUGUCGUGAUCAUCUCCUCCAGGAUGAAGCCCCUUCUAGAAGCUAUUGAGGAUACGGAAGAUCUCCUAGGACCGGAGCCGAAAGACGCGAGAUUACACAAUGCUUCGUGGAAGAAGCUACAAAGCAUGAUAGGACUCAAAAAAGUCAAGAGCGAGUGCGGCGAUGUCAUCGACUUUGCUCAGAUCAAUUAUCAACGUGAGCUUCUGGGACGGAAGCCGCUAAAGGUCGGUCUAAACAGAUUGUUUCUCGGACCCCCUGGAGUAGGGAAAACUACCGUCGCUGAAUUAUACGGCCAAGUCCUCAUCGAUCUCGGGCUUGUUACUGGGAAGGAGGUCAUGGUAUGCAAUCCAUCUCACUUGAUUGGCCGGUUGAUUGGGGAAUCCGAGCAGAAUACGCUGGAUAUUCUGAACCAAGCUAAGGGGAAUGUGUUAAUCAUCGACGACGCCCACAUGUUGUACCCUGGAUCAGAGACUGAUACGUUUCGCGUCGCUGUGCUCGACACUAUUGUUGCAAACGUAUCGGCAGAUCCAGAGGACAGAUGCAUCAUACUUGUCGGAUACGAACAUGAGAUGGUUCAGCUGUUCAACAACAGCAACCCAGGGCUUCAGAGACGUUUCCCCAAGGAAACGGCGUUGCAGUUUGACCCUUAUAGCGAGGGCGAACUGUGCCAGAUCAUGGAUCUGAAAGCUGAACAGUGUGACCUCGAGAUGACACAGGAGGCCAGGAUGGUGGCUCGGCAAGUCAUCAGCCGCAUGCGCAUCAACCCAAAGUCCGGAAAUGCGGGAGAUGUCGAGAAUCUACUCAACCAGGCAAAGAUCCGUCUCAAUGCGAGAAUCAGAUCCCGACUUUCUUACGGCCAAGCAUCGGUGCAAUUUGCUAUCGAACCUGCCGAUAUUGACCCACAGUGGGAUCGGGCUUCACGGGCCGAGGAAAACAGAGCAGCCCUCUUUGAAGACUUCGUCGGAUUCAGAAAGAUCGUCGAAAAGUUCGAAGGUUACCAGCUCCUAGUUGACGGCAUGCGGCUACAUGAUAUUGAUCCUAGGCCUCACAUUCCGUGGGCCUUCAUUUUAAAGGGUCCACCAGGAACUGGUAAAACAUCGACGGCUCGAAAGAUCGGACGCCUAUACUACGACAUGGGCCUGCUUUCCACAGACGAGGUUGUGAGCUGCUCGGUUACCGAUAUUAUUGGAGAAUAUCUGGGGCAAACUGGUCCCAAAGUCUGCAAUACCCUUGAGACCGGCCUCGGAAAAGUUCUAUUCAUUGACGAGGCCUACCCUUUAGCUACAGGCGCCAGCAGUAGAGGUGGCUCCAGCUUUCACAUGGAAGCCGUCGGAGAGCUGGUCGAUGCCAUGACACAGCCGCGAUACAGAAACAAUAUGGUCAUAAUCUUGGCCGGGUACACCCACAAGAUGGAAUGCUUACUGCUAACCAACCCGGGUUUGCGAAGCAGAUUCCCAGAACAUAUCACAUUUGAGCCCAUGGCUCCACACCCAUGUCUUCAGUAUCUGAAGAAUCAGCUUCAUAAGCUCAAGAUCGGCAUUGUGGAAGAAGACGACUCAUCGGAGAUUGUCCACGGGCUGUUUGAAUGUCUCAGCCUCACAACGGGGUGGGCCAGUGGUCGUGACGUCGAGACGUUGGCCAGAAGGAUUGUUAGCAGCGUCUACAUGCAGCAAGGCAAGUCCGGAAAUAGAGAGGUCGUGGGUUCCCUGCAGAUUACUACAACUAAUCUUGUUCCAAUACUCGAAGAGAUGUGGGAGGAGCGCAGGGGAAGAAAGGCCACAUCAUAUCACGCUUGGUAG